AUCGAUUACAGCUCGUCGCGAUGCGUGUACGCUUCAGCGGAUCGCCUUUUAUAGUGACGCAACACCGUCGAUAACAAACUAUCGACAAAAUGUGAUUAAACUUUUAAUUCUAGUAAGUGAUAGCUUCAAGCGCGCUUAAGAACUGUGAUUUUUCAAUCGUGACGUAUCGUAAAUCGUAAGGGAAAAUGGAUUCUCAAGUGCUCAAGGUUGGACAGGCGAUGUGGUAUUGAAAUUGAUAAUAGGCAACGAUUGAAAGACGAUAUGUCUAAGAGGGAAGUGAGCGAAGAAACAGUAUCUUAUAAAGGAGUAUGGAAGGAGAAAAUAUGUUGCGCCGAUCCCAGGUGCUGUGCAUGUAUUUUAAGCCAACAAUUUAAUUGUUUCUAUACUUGUUCACAGUUCAGAAUGCGGCUAAGAAGAGGUCUCACUAUAGGCAUUCUACUCAUACUGCAUAUGAGCGGAACUCUCAGUGACCAGCCAUCCAAUGAGAAUAACAAUGCAGGCGGCAAAGGAUCCGACUCCAGCAAUGCUGUAGAACCUUCAUCCGAUCAACUAGCAAUGGAGUCUGCUGAACGAGACGCCCCAAGUCACGCAUACAAUGGACCUCCUCCUCCUGUUCCACCUCCGCAUAAUAGACGACAGAACCCCCCGCAUCACCAGGCGCAUCAUCCCUUGAGCAUAGCUCGAAUUCCAAACCACCACCCGAUGCACACAAAGCAGUAUGCUCUUGGACCUCCGGUUAACCACCACAAAAACGAACUAGGAGCCGGUUUCCGCGGACCACCACCCCCACCUGCUCCACCAGCAGACGCUCAAACAUCAGCCAGCGAGAAAGUCUUCAGUGGCGCUGGCGAUGUCUGGCCAGCACCAGCCCCAGAUAUGCCGAAAAUCGUAUCUUUAGAUGUCAAAUGUGAAAAGAACGCCAUGAGAGUAUUCCUUAGCUUCGAUAAGCCAUUCUUCGGCAUCGUAUUCUCAAAGGGACAUUACUCGAAUCACCAAUGUGUACACUUGCCACCUAAUCUAGGAAGAAACCAAGCUUCCUUUGAAAUUGGGGCACAUGCUUGUGGAACUGCGGGCAGUGGUGACCCCAGAUACCAUGGAGAUGUCGCAGCAGCCGGCACGUAUUUCGAAAACGUUAUCGUAAUACAAUAUGAUCCUCAAGUACAAGAAGUAUGGGAUCAAGCCCGUAAAUUGCGUUGCACGUGGCACGACCAAUACGAGAAAGCGGUUACCUUCAGACCAUUCCCUGUUGAUAUGCUAGACGUGGUCAGAGCAGACUUCGCUGGUGAUAAUGUCGGAUGCUGGAUGCAAAUUCAAGUUGGAAAGGGACCCUGGGCCUCGGAAGUUUCUGGACUCGUGAAAAUUGGACAAACCAUGACUAUGGUACUUGCUAUCAAAGAUGAUGAUGCGAAAUUUGAUAUGCUCGUUCGAGAUUGUGUAGCGCACGAUGGUCAACGCGCCCCUAUACAGUUAGUCGAUAGGCGAGGCUGUGUGACACGACCGAAAUUAAUGUCCAGGUUUACGAAGAUCAAGAACUUUGGUGCUAGUGCCAGUGUGCUCUCUUACGCUCACUUCCAAGCAUUCAAAUUCCCGGAUUCCAUGGAGGUUCACUUCCAAUGUACCAUCCAGAUUUGCAGAUACCGAUGCCCGGAUCAAUGCUCUGAGGGAGGACCGAAUGUUAUAGCUCACGCGGAAUAUGGGCCACCUCAAAUUGACUCGUAUCCUGUUGGAGCUGAAAUCAGGAGAGACGAGAGAAGAGUCAGGAGACAAAGGCGGGCCACAUCUCCUGAAAAAGAAGUGGGAGUUAACAGAGUUAUUCGUGUCGUUUCGGCUGGCGACCUCAAUUUGGAUGCAUCUGAAAUCAACUCCGCACCGAAGGUAGUGCCUUCUCCUGGUCUCGUGUGUAUGACUACUCCAGGGUUCGCGGCAACUUUAGGAGCCCUUCUCGUUACGUUAGUCUGUUCGUGUGCCGUAUCAGCAGUUCUAUUCCUGAAGCUGAGGCCUAUAACUAAGCUGAAGAAGAAGACGAUUGCCGUGACGACGAUAGCCAGGCCUCACCCACCGACCGCUCACGUCAUAUCAAAGAGUCGCUUCUACUCGUAACAAAAACGUUAGCAUGUGCUAAACUUGUAAAUAUUAGUGUGAUGAGACUGACUGAUGUAUGUAGGUCAUGCCAAUUUUAUUUAUGUGCGUGAACGUUUGUGCGCUCAAAUUUCGUUUAAAAAUUAUGUUUAAAGGCGUCGCGAUUAAUAUUGUUAUUUUUAUUUAUUUUUAUUUACUUAUAUUUUAUACUUUGGUAAAUCUAAAUUCUACAUUUGUAAGAAAUAUAAAAAUUUCCGACGUCACAAAUGUAUUCCAAUAAACAAAUAUUUAGUCUUAAAUAAAUAAUGAUAAUAUGAUAAGUACAAUAUUUUUUUCUGUUACCUCUUUUCGAAUGUUUAUUAGAAACAGAGGCAACGGAAAUAGAACGUGGUGUUUCAACGUUUAGGUGAACCGCUAGUUUUAGCUUAAAAUAACUUGUCAUUAGUAUUAAAUGAUUAUUUAUUUUAAUUAAGUUAUUUAUAGUCAUUUUGUAAGAAUAAAAAUAAUUUAUUUAUUUAACGCCACCUGAGUACCUCUUCGUAGUAUUCUUUAUAUCUUUUGCAUUUAACAGACGGUUUCAGUUUUGUUUGAUCCGUGUCGGAUUGUUUUUCAUUAAGUAUAUUUGUAUAAUUAAGAAAGAUUGUCAUGAACGGAAAGUAUGGUUAUGUAAUAGUUAUUUGGAAAUACUUAUUAAAUGUUAAAGCAGAAAAA